AUGUUUAUUCAACAUUUCGUGUUUGAGAAUGGCACACGCGAUGACGGUCUUCUCUCGCGUGAGAAGUUUCUGGAAGUCGGUGCGCGGAUGGAUUCCAGGCGAGAGUUUCUUAGGAGCGAAUGUUCUAGACUUGGUCUGGACGGCUCCAGCCAGAAGGCUUAUGCGUGGGAAUACCUCAUCAACCGCCAGUAUCAUGUUAUAUGGUGCAACAUAUUCAAAGCGGCAUCAACAUCGUGGAUGUACAACUUUAAUUUAAUGGCGAAUUACAGCGCGGCAUUUCUCAAUAGAACGAAAGAGGUUCCCUUAGAACUGGCCAGGAAACGUUACGCGAGGCCAACGGUCGAGAUGAUUAGAAAGGCCCAGGGGGACUCCAUCACGUUUCUCAUCGUGAGGCACCCGUUAGAACGAUUGGCGUCGGCGUACAACGACAAAAUAGUACAUGCGUGGCCCAAGUCGUUCCAUGACAAAAUGGGACGUAGGAUCAUUAAGAAGUAUCGAAAGGCAUCAGAAUCAAAACCAGCCCCAAUGGAGAGAUAUCCGGUAUUCGAAGAGUUUGUCUCAUACGUUUUGGAUGAAACGAAGGCCAAACGAACAUUGGAUAUGCAUUGGACGCCCUACACGAGUUUCUGCACUCCAUGCAAGUUCAACUUCGACGUAAUUCUCAAGUUUGAAACCCUAGAUGAGGACCAAAGGUUUUUAAUACAAAUGUCGCGUCUCCAAGAUAUUGUUAGGCCUGAGUGGCGGAACAGCGGCAAGGGCACUAACACGCUGCAUAAUAUUAAUCAUCUUUAUUCGAGACUCAGCAAAUCGCAGUUGGAUGGGCUGUACAAUUUAUACAGAUUUGAUUUCCAGCUCUUCAACUAUACAAUCCAAAAUUAUUAUGACAUAAUUCACAGCGAAGGCACCACCUAUGGAUGA